CAAUUCUAAUAGGCACAGUGUAGUCGGUCUUUGCUACGCGAGUGGAUCGAAUUUCUUCAUUUUUUCUCUUCUUUCAAGUUUCUGUUUCAACUUACAAUACUAAAAUUUAAAUACAUAAUUAAUUUUUCACGUUCAGGACAUUUGAGGCAAAAAUUCAAAGGGACUCGAAUUCGAUUGCUGAAUACUUCGACCUUGGUAACUUCGGUUUGCCGGAGAACGAAAGCGACGCAAACGGUUACUAACUCGACAUUUUUUUCUGCUGUCUGUUCGCCGAUCGGUCGCAAUUUUACACCUGAUUUUAUCGGUCACUAAUCAACAUGGUAUCGAGCUAUGAAAAUUACCAUCGAGAGGCCAAGGCUAAGGUGCCAAUUUUAGUAUGUGCAUUGGCUAUACCCGUUUCCGCAAUUUAUUGGAUCGUCGGUUACUCGGAAUUAGCACCUAACGUGAAACAUAUCAAUGGAUGCUCACUCACUUCUUCGUGGAGAUUGCCGAUUACGUUGACAAUCUUUGUCAUACUAUCCGUUUGGAGCGUGAAGGGAAAGGGUUUGGUCUCGAGCGGCAUACUUUCCGGGUUGUUCGUUGGCAUAAUCACGAACUUGUCGAAUUACGGUCACGGUGCUUGUUUGGUCGCAUUUUUCUUCACCGCUUCAAAAGCUACUCACUUUAGAUCGGAAAAAAAGAGAAAGUUGACUACGGAAUAUCGAGAAGGAGGUCAAAGAUCUUGGAAACAAGUGUUGUGCAACGGAGGCAUGGCCACUCAAUUAGCUCUAGUUUAUCUAUUCGAUGUUGGUUGCGGAGAACGUCCAAUAGAUUUUGACAGGGACUGCAAAAGUUCUUCGCUGUCUAUCGGAAUAUUGGGUGCUCUCGCAUGCUGCAACGGUGAUACAUGGGCCUCGCAAAUCGGAACUGUACUUGGUGAAAAAGAGCCAAUUUUGAUAACGACCGGGAAAAAAGUUCCAAGAGGUACAAACGGAGGUGUCACCGCGAUCGGACUCGUAGUGUCGCUUAUGGGAGGACUAGUCGUGGGAAUAUGCAAUUACAUCGCGAUAGUGUGUACCGUAGACCCCGCAGCAUUGCAAAACGCUAGACCUCAGUGGCCGAUAAUUGUCGCAGGUGGUUUCGCCGGUCUUCUAGGUAGCGUAAUAGAUUCAAUUUUUGGAGCGACGUUGCAAUACUCGGGAAUCGAUGAGAACGGAAAAAUUGUCGAAGGUCCGGGGAAAGGCGUGAAACACAUAAGCGGAAAACAGAUAAUCGACGACCACAGCGUGAAUCUUUUAGCGAGUGUAGUUACGGCUUGGGUACUUCCGAACUUAUCUAUGAUAUUUUGGCCAUGAAAUAUGUUUUGGAAAAUGCUGGAGACGGAAUUUUCCACAUCACGAAACCAUGUUAAUUUUUAUCUACACUUGAACACAUAUUUUGGUUUUUGUAAUAAAAUUUAUGCAAGAUUGCGAAAAAUAA